AGCGAAUCCUAUUUAGCUUUGCCACUGUGUGUCAGGUAUCAAGCAUUUAGCAUCGGUUCCUCAACUAAAGACUUUUUUUAUUUGGUUCUGUGACUUCGAGCACCUCCUUUACAAAUCUUCAUUUUUCUAAAGGUGUGGCCUUUUUCAAGAUAUCGACCUCGGGAUUACAAGUAUAACGUACGAACACGAAGGAACGAAUUCUAUAUUUUUGUAUCUAUAAUUUUUGGAAGCAACAGCAAAGCAAUCGAUGGCACUCCCGUCGUAAUCAUUCUUCUGGCCCUCCCAGUGAAACAAAACGAAAAAGCUCCAGCAUUUCCGAAACACCAAGCAAUACCUCCCGUCCCGGUCUUCAAAGGAAGACCUUCCCUUCGUCAGAAGGACAUCAGCAUCACGUGAAGAUCAACAUUUCACUGCUGCUGGUUUGGGUCUGUUCACUGCUGCUGCUGGUUUGGGUCUUUCGGGACACGAACAAGACGGACCAUCAUGCCGGCCAUGCAAGCGGGAGUCGACUAUGAGAAAAAGGAGGAUGCGCCGUACCAGCCCGACCUUCCAACGGUAAAAACCGAAAAGGCGUACAAAAAUCUCGUUUUCCUGAACACCCCGGCCGCGCGGAACAUACGGAUACAAUGUGAAUUCCAAGAGCCCGGCUGUCGACUGCUCGAGGAGGUUCAUUAUAGAUACCCGGUUUUUUUUCCAAAUUACUUUCGAAUCUCGCAUCUAUUCGGUCCUCUAGUUGAUUGCGCAUACACGUAGGGAUUGUGCGCAAAAUUCCUCACUUUGUUUCAAAAGUCCGGACACAUCAUGUUCAUCGAUCUAGACAACCUACUUCUCACAUCACCAGGAAGUGCACAACAUUGUCAUGUUUUUCGGUAGCGCGCGGGCCAAAUCUCGCGAGGAGUUCGAACGCGCGUUGGAAACCGCCGAGCCCGGGAGCCCGGAGCGGGAUAAGCUUUUGCGGACCGAGUUUAUGGUGAAAUUCUACGAGGGUAUUCGCACUCUGACCGAAAAGUUUAGCGACUGGAACCACCAACGCGUCCACGAUGGAAAGGGAAGAUACGUCGUCGGUACCGGGGGCGGGCCGGGCAUGAUGCAAGCCGCAAACGAGGGCGCGUACCGGGCCGAGGCACCCAGCGUUGGAUUCGGAAUCUCUCUCCCCUUCGAAACAGGACUCAAUCCGUACAGAUCUAUUUCCCUUCACUUGUUGAUUUGAAAAUUGACGUUAAUGCUGUUUCUUGUACUAUGCUAUCACCGUCCUUGCUGCAACUGCAAAUGAUAAUUCGUCAAAAUGCAUUAUCGUCAUCAAGAUCAAAUUCAAAGUGAACCUCGGGAACAAGUCCCUAUAACAAGGCCGCUAGUGCGGUACCACCAUAUGCAAAACAUGUGCAGCACAACAAGAUGAACAGAGAAACACCGAACAACAGGUACGUAUCCCCCCCGCUAGCGUUCGAGUUUCACUAUUUCUUUACGCGUAAGUUUUGGAUGGCGUACAAGAUCUGCGGGUUGGUGUGUGCCCCCGGAGGGUUCGGCACCCUCGACGAGUUGUUUGAGAUCCUGACCUAUCAACUGCAAAUAUGUCUGGGUCUGGAAGAUUGCAAGAUUUGUCAUGCUAGUCUGGCAUGACUCUUGCUCUUCACUCUGUAUUGCGUGGCCACGAACAGCCUGUCUCGCCUGUCAUGCAAAAACGCAGUUUCUCAUUCGGAAUGCGUAGCGCAGAAGCACGAAAAAACUUGCCAUGCUUGGCUGCGCAUUACAGUUCACUCGUUGUUCACUGACUUGCAUCACAAGUUUCCAGACCCAGACAUAUUUGCAUUUGAUAUGACCCUGAAGCAAACCGGGCGGAUCAAAAGACCCAUUAUCAGAAGAAAGAAGUGUUACAGUUACACAUUGUGUUGCAAGCCCAGCAUGAGAGACAACCUCUGUGAUGCCAGAAAUGCUUCCGAGCUUCAUUUCAUACGUGUUUUCCCUUACGAUCUGUGCAUUGCAAGUUUUCCCUCUCAUGCAGAGAAAAUUUGUGUUGCUGAAGUUACAUCAAAUGUGUAACUGUAACACUUUUUUCUUGUGAUACCCAUCCCGAUCAUUUUGUUCGGAAAAUCGUACUGGGAGGGCAUACUCAACUUCCAGGCGAUGUGCGAUCAUGGGAUGAUUUCCCAGGACGACGUCAAUUCGCUCUUCCUCACCGACGACGCCGAUGAAGCUCUCAAGUUCCUCUGUCAGAGCUUGGAAGACGUACUUUUACAGAAAAUGUUUUACCUGGCACGAUACUGGAUGAUUGAUUUGUUCUUCAAAUGUCUGGCCGGCAUCGCUCUUCAAGUGGACCAAACCACAUGUUGGUGUGUGUAAAAAUGCACUACCUAUGCCAAAUACGUAACUCUAUCUCUAACAGAAUCUAAAUCCUAAAAUAAUCGCAGGUCGAAGCCGAUUUUGAGAGUCAGGGAUCCCCGUUUCUGGCGCCCAUGCGGGACAGCCAGGGCGGUUACGUGCACGACGCCAUGGGCCGCAUGCGCCGGCAGAGCGGGGAACAGGCUCGGAGUCCCGAACUCUCUCCGCAGACGGACACCAAUAGUCCCGGAGGUGGCGGAAGCCAGCCCGAGUUCCAGAUGGUGCAAGGCCAGCAGGGCAGCGGGGGUCAGGGCGCAGAGAAGAAGAAACCCAGCGGCAACAAACCCACCGAGAGUGUGAUAUAACUUUAACAGCUGACCUAUUUGUAUUUGCAGUAAAGCGAUUGGAACUUGCGCUUGCUGCGUUGCGACCAACUGGUACACUUCGAUUUCUUUUUGCACCAGCUGCAGUAACUCAAUGAGAGCUCUCACACCCCAGCAAUGAAAAUACAACGAUAAUAUCUGAGUUACUAGAAGUCAACAGGAGCAGCUUUCUCUUGUGUUUUCCCACAAACGACCUUCGCAUCAUCUUGGCUCCGAUAGUAAGAAUGGAAACAAAAAGCGCACAAAUUUGAAGCCUUCAUAUAAUGACUUUUUCAACCUAUGACUUCCUCUUCAGUACCGCAGAUUUCAUGAAUUGCGACCUAAAGAAAGGAUAGGUACUGAAUCUGAAACUUCAGAUGAAUGCUUUGGUCUUAUGGAAAGAACAGCGGUUCUGCUCUUCUUAAUCUUGUAAAAAAAAGAAACAAAGAAAAAUAUAUGUUGGGCACAACCUGCCGAUGCCUUUCGC